UCGUAGAUGACAACAACAAAACAGACAGAGCAACUGAGAGGAUGUUAGCGUAGUUAGCUACCUGAGAUAAACAACUGGUGGUUUUUAUCCGUGUGUAUCACGGUUUCAGCUGUAGUUUGCCAAAUAAGACAAUUAUUCUAAAAACAGUAUGUUCUGUUGGAUUAACUAAUCAUGGUUGACACUUGUUCUUCUCUAGUUUAGCUUAGCUAACGCUAGCUAACGGGUUUGCUAAGUUAGCUCUAUGUAUGCCAAGCUAAAACAGGUUAGCUAGCUAGCUUAGUUGCUAGCUUGUUAGCUAGCAAACUCGCCUAGACGAGGUGGAGACCAAGAACAGGGAGAUGCGAGCAAAGUGAGGGUGGAUUUGAAUGACUAAAUGAGCAAGAUCAGCAAGAGUGAAGGACUCUGGGAGAUUCAACAUGAAGUUGUAUGUGUUCCAGGUCAACAAUGGCAGCACAUUGACUUUUGACACAGAUCUUGCUGUCCAAACUGUGCUGGAGCUAAAACAUGCCAUCCAAGCCAAAUACAAGAUUGCGAUUCAACAUCAAGUCCUUGUUGUCAAUGGAGGGGAAUGUAUGGCUGCAGAGAGGCGGGUCUGCAGCUACAGUGCUGGCACUGAAACGAACCCCAUAUUUCUGUUCAACAAAGAGAUGAUCUUGUGUGAUCGGGAUCCAACAAUCCCCAAAACCACGUUCUCGAUAGAGAGUGAGAUUCAGGUUAAGGUGGAGGAGUCUCUACUGAUGCCAGCCGUCUUUCACACUGUUGCCUCGCGGACGCAACUUGCUCUGGAAAUGUUUGAAGUUGCCAACAAACUUAGUUCUUUCUGUGAACGUUUGGUUCAUGAUGAACACCUUCAACAUCAAGGCUGGGCUGCAAUUAUGGCAAAUUUGGACGACUGCACUCUGUCAUAUCAGAAGCUGCUGGUGAAAUUUGAAACUUCAUACACAAAUUAUCAACAUGAUUUGGAAGAAAUUAAGCUGAAACUUACAAAGCUAGGGACAGCAGUUGCUGUAAUGGCCAGGAUACCUCUGCUGGAGUGUUUGACACGACACAGUUACAAAGAGAGCAUGGAAAAGUCCAGCUCAACUCCAGGAAAGGAUUCGGAUGAGACAGAAGAAGAAAAGUCCACUGACUCUGUGCUCUGCACAGCUAACACGCAGAAGCCCUCCAAGUUAUCAGCCUCCCUCUCUGCUUCUGGGACACCCACUUGUGAGCAGACUGGAGACCAGGAAACAAAUGAGAUGACUGACAGUGGUGGUCUGAGAGCUGCGCUCUUAGAUGAUGACACUCCAGAGUUAGCCAACCCGUCCACCUUCAAUGUAACACUAUUAGACUGGAUCAAUGUGCAAGACAGACCAAACGAUGUGGAGUCUGUUGUUAGGAAGUGCUUUGACUCUAUCAACAGGCUUGACCCACGGAUCAUUCAGCCCUUCUUGGCAGAUUGUCGUGACACAAUUUCCAAGCUAGAUAAUCAAAACAUGAAAGCCAUUAAGGGGCUUGAGGACAGGUUGUAUGCUCUUGACCAAAUGAUUGCAAGCUGUAAGAAGUUGGUGAAUGAACAGAAAGAACUUGCUCAGGGAUUUCUGGCCAAUCAGAAGCGAGCUGAAAACCUGAAGGAUACAUCUGUUCUGCCUGAUUUAUGUCUAAGUCACACAAACCAGCUGAUGAUCAUGCUGAACAACCACAGGAAGCUGCUAGACAUCAAAAAGAAGUGCACCACUGCCAAACAAGAACUUGCAAACAACCUGCAAGUCCGACUAAAAUGGUGCUGCUACGUGAUGCUCCAUGCAGACCAGGAUGGAGAGAAGCUUCAGGCUCUUCUCAGACUCCUGACAGAGCUGAUUGAAAGAGUUCGAGUGGUUGAGGCCCUGAGCACGGUGCCCCAGAUGUACUGUUUGGCGGUGGUGGAAGUUGUCAGAAGAAAAAUGUUUAUGCGCCACUACAGGGAGUGGGCUUAUGCACUUGUAAAGGAUGGGAAACUACUGUACGAGGCAGAGAAGUUCAAAAGGGAAUCCUUUGGGAAACUCUUUAGAAAGUCUUUCCUCAGAAAUCGUUUGUUUAGAGGACUUGAUUCAUGGCCUCCAACAUCUUUUUGUACACGAAAGCCCCGGAGAUUUGAUGAUGAACUUCCAGACAUCUCAGUUGAAGACCUGCAGUACUUGAAAUCGUGUUGUCCUGUAGAGGUGCAGCCUUUCCUCAUGGUACCCACAAUGUGUGACUUUGAGCCCUUAAAUCGACAUGUAGAGACGCUGCAGCAGCUGGUCCAAGCUGCACAGAGUAUAGACGAGAUGUCUCAAACCAUAACUGACCUGCUCACCGAACAAAGGUUAUCCUGCAGUCAGAGCGCUCAAAGAUCCACUGUGUUGACCCCACAGUCUGAGAGCAUACCUGGGACCUCAACACAGAUGUCCUCUAAGACCCCUUCCUCUCUCAGCCUUCAAGGACCCAGCUGCCAGCCCAUCAAUGUUCCCGUCCCAGCUCCUCUGGAGGACUUGUCUCCAGACAGCAUCGAUGCACAGACAUUUGACUUUGAAACAAUUGGCCAUCCAAACAUGGACCCAGUCAUGCAGCAGGGCUCUCUGGACUUGGAUUCUCUGGCGGAGAGCCCUGAGUCUGACUUCAUGUCUGCUGUUAAUGAGUUUGUGAUUGAAGAGAACCUGACCUCUCCAAACCCCAUCAGUGACCCCACCAGCCCUGAGAUGAUGGUAGAGUCUCUGUACUCUUCAGUCAUCAAUGCCAUUGACAACAAGCGUAUGCAGGACACCACAAUACUAGAGAGGGAGAACUCACGGAUCGCUGUCCUAAAACAAGUGGUUGACAAGUACCGAUCAGCUGCAGAGGAGUCCCAUUCAAACUUACGGAGUGUUAAGGAUGACCUCUGUCACUUACGAGUCCUGGUGUUAAAAGAACAACAUGACUUUGGCUUUGUCCUGAGGAGUAUGAGCACAGACGUGCGAAACAUUGUGGACAAGAUUGUCUUGACGCAGGAAGUAGAAUUAAAAGAAAAGCAUCAAAAUGAACUUCUUGCUCUUCAACAAGAGCUAGAGAAGCAAGUUCAAACACUAACCGAAGAAAACCAAGUAAACCAGAACAUUGUCAGAGAUGUCCAGCGUGCAAUGCUUGAGCUGGAGGGGCUGAUGGAGCGCAAAGAGAAAGAACUCACUCAGCUGGAGCAUGAAAAAGAGCGAUGGGCUGAGACAGAGAAUAAACAGACUGACCGGAUCAAGGAGCUAGACCAGAUGAUCAGCGACCAAGCCAAUGAGAUCAAGACACUCUCAGCCUGUAAAGACUCUCUGACCAGCCAGCUUGAAAAUCUGCACUUUGAGAUUGAACGCAGCCAGCAGAAGAUCAGGCAGGAACUGGAGGUUGCGGAGCAGUUGCACUUAAAGGAGCUUGAGUACAGAAUGAAGCAGGAACACCAGGCAGAACUGGAGACUUUUACCAAGAACAACCAGGAAGCUCUUGAACAUCUAGCUUCUGAAAAUAGUGCAAAGUUAAGUGAAGCAGCUGAUCAUCACGCCUCUGCACUUCGGGAGAAAGACAACCAAAUUAAAGACAUGGAGGCUCGUAUUACAGAGCUUGCAGAACUCCGCUGCAAGCUGGAGGUGGAGCUAGCCCUGAAAGAGUCAGAGACAGAGGAAGUGAAGCUCUUAUUGGAGGAGGCUAAGACACAGCAGGCUGAAACAUUGAAGUCCCAGGUAGAGUCUGAGACCAAAGUCCUCAGUGAGGAGCUUGAGGACCUUAGAAAACAGCUUCAGGUGAAGAAUGAGGAGUAUGAAGUUGACCUGGCUGAGCUGAGGACUCUCAUGCGCAUUGAGAAGGACCACUGCAUCUCAGAGUUGGUGGAAAGACAUGAGGAGGAGACUAUUUUAUUGCGUACUGAGCUUUCCUCCCUGCAGCAGCAAGUCCAUGACGCUAAGAGGAACCACGCUGAGCAGCAACAAAGUUUUAAGCAGGAGUUCGACCAGCAUGUGGCCGCUCUUGGCGAGGAAAAAGAAAAGCAGCAGAGGAGUUUCCAAGAACUGGAGCAAGAGUUGAGGACUGUUAUCAGUAAUUUGCAGGCUGAAAAUGACUUGCUCUCAAACAAACUAGAGCAGGACAGAGAGAGACAAGCAGCUGAGAAAGUUGUGAAGAAAGAAGAGGCCUCUAAGGUUGCAUCAUCAAAUGCUUUUAGAGAGUUAGAGCAGCAGAAAGAGGAGAUGGAGAAGAGACUGUCAGAAAAAAUUAGACAACUUGAGAAUGAGCUUCAGGAGAGACAAUCUUUCAAAAGUGAUGAAGGGUUGCCGCUGCAUGCUGAGGGCCAUGCAGAUGCUGGAACACCUCUGUCACUAGACUCAGCACUGCAAGAGCGUCUGCAGCAGGAGAGGGCCUCCCUGCAGUCUCAGAUAGAGCUCCUGGAGAAGAAGAAGAAUGAGGAGAUACAGAACCUCAAGACGUCACUAAUCGCAGAGCAACAGACCAAUUUCAACACUGUUCUAACCCGAGAGAAGCUGAAAAAGGAACAGAUUAUCAGUGAGCUCACUGAGAAGUUGCAGAAAGUGACCCAACAGCAGGAGAAGGACAAAGCUCUCAUAGAGACUCUCUCUGAGGACAGAGCAAGUGUCAUGCAGGAGAAGAAACACUUGGAAGAGGAGCUUAACCGCCUGCGCAGCACUGCCCUGAUCUCCUCCACCUUCUUUACAUCUAACCCCUCGUCUCAGGAGGGCAUAGAAGCUGGAGGAGCAGCAGCAGCAGCGAGAGCUCUGCCUGUUGCUGGGGCUUGCUCCUGUGAGCCCAUGGCUGAAACUGACAGACUGGCCUCUGUGGCAGCCAUUCGGGAUGACGAACAUGUUGAUUCAGCGGUGGAGGCCAGCAUGGUGACAGUGCAUGAUAAUGUCCUGAUGUCAGAGGAGAAACAGCGGAUACUCCUUCUUGAGAGGACUUUACACAUGAAGGAAGAAGAAAACAAACGCCUCAGUCAAAGACUGAUGUCUCAAAGCAUGUCGUCUGUGUCUUCACGGCAUUCAGACAAAAUCGCCAUCAGAGAUUUCCAGGUAGGCGAUUUGGUCCUAAUCAUCCUGGAUGAAAGGCAUGACAACUACGUGCUGUUCACAGUUGGUCCCACCCUCUACUUCCUCCACUCAGAGUCUCUCACUGCACUGGACCUCAAACCAGCAUCAGGGACCUCAAGACGGCCGUGGGUACUUGGAAAGGUGAUGGAGAAGGAGUAUUGCCAAGCAAAAAAGGCCCAGAACAGGUUCAAGGUUCCUUUAGGAACCAAGUUCUACAGAGUGAAAGCUGUUCCAUGGAACAGAAAAGUAUAAUAGCCAAGCAAUGAGCUAAAUGUGUAUUUAUACUACUUAAUUUUUGAACAGAAACUUCACAUCAUAUUUCAUAACUUGAAAAUUGAAAGACCUUAAAAAUGGAAAGAAUUAUGAUCAUCAUCAUCAUGCUCUUUUUAGUUUCAAUUCAAAACUCCCACCUGCUACCACCACAUCUUUCUUUUCUUUUAAACCCGGAUUUGUUAUUGUGGACCAAAUGCUAUUAACUUUAUUAGGGCACUGCCCUAUACACCGUGGCAUGAUGCCACUUGACCUGUGUGUACAAUUGAGCAAAAUUUGGAUGUUGAAUAUUAGUUCUCAUUAUCAGCAUUUGUCCUUUUGUGAAAAAAACUGUGUCAUUAUCAACAUAAUAAAAUAAAAAUAUACAUUUAUUAUAAAUGUUUAUGGAGGAAUGUUCAUGGCAUGCAUAUUGAUAUAUUUUCUUUGAUUUACUUAUCCAGAUAAAUGUUGUAGUUGGAAAUGUAGUUAAUGCUGUUUGUUACUCACAAAGCAGUGUGGCCCUCUGUCAAUACUGAAAUGUACAUUAUGGCUGACUGAUGAAAAAACAGUCAUCUUUGCAAUCCUUGAAAUGCACUUUGAAAAACAAUGCUUUUGUUGAUUUGAAAAGGGAAGUUAAUUGAGCUGUCAGAACUAAGUAAAUAUAUCAGCACAAACUUCUCACUAUCAUAGAUUAUUGAUAUGUAGAAAGGAAUAUUUGUGACUGUGUUUCAUUAUCAGAGGACAUUGUACAUUACCCAUCAAAUCACACAUGUAACAAUAAAUGACUGUAUUGUAAAAGAGAGUUUUGAAACAAUAAAGGAUUGAUCCCAGAUGUA